CUGGUACUUCUUUCUUUUAUCUCUUCACGCUAGUUUAGUGUAUUACAUAUUAUCGCCUUCAUCAACAAAGAUGAUAACAUUUUCCACAUCGACUAAUUGCUCUAUUAUGGGCUCUCGAUCGUUUGGUUCACAAUAUAGUGUCCCGCUGUAUGUGGGUACGUCGACUGUUAGAGAUAAAACAUGCAACGACAGCAGAUAAACCGUAGUCAACUAACGUCUACACGGAUAUAAAGUUUAACACGUGCUCAGGAAAUUAAUUAUCCCUGAUUUAUCUUAGCGUGUGAUCAGUUCCUUUACGAGGCUUUCGUACGAGAUGAACUCGAUCCAUCGCCACUUUCAACAGCCGGUAGUUACAAAACAAAACAAAAACCAGGACACCUUAUUCAUCUACUUCCUUUCCCAUUAAUUGAUAUCCGGAAAGUUAAACUUCUCUUUAACAAAAGAAAUCUAAAACAAAAGGCGCGUAUCUAUACAUCGAUGGUUUCGUCCUGUUUCCGUCCUUAUGUUACGGCUGUAUAGCUUUUGAAUGCUUGUGUGAUGAUUUACGAGUGUAUGGACGUUGUGCCGAUACAUGCGUUAGGUUAUAUGUUCGACUGGUGUUAUUCCGUGUAAGCUUGAGACAGUCUUAAUCACGAUCGAAGUACUUAUACGUCCAUGGUCUUAAUUGACACACGGAACGGGACUUCGAGGUGGAGAGUCUUGUCAAGGGGGGAACAAAUCUACUUGAGACAUCAGGAACAUUUUGAGGGAACGUCUUCGUUGUACGAAAAUAUGAACUUACCGUCAAAAGAAGAGAAACCAGCCGUUAACGAAUCCUCUGUUACCAAACCUAAAAAUGUCUCAUCUCAUAUUUGGGAGAAAUUCAAAUCUUUGGAAAAGAGGACAAAUGAAGUGACAAAACGCUCCACUGAGAAGAGGAUAAAACAUUUACAGAAAACAGCUUUAGAAAAUGCAAGAGCCAUGACAGACUCAGAUGACAGCAAAAUUGUAAACCUUCCACAGGAUUCAAGAGAAGAAACCUCAUCUUACACAGCAAAAUCAGAUUUAUCAGAACUUGGAGUCAGCAAGAAAAGACGCCUGUCCUCGAGUGAUGAGGAGGCAGAGUGCAGACAGAAGGAUUGCCAAAGUAAUCAUGAAGACAAGCAGUGGGAACAAGUGAGGGGUCUCCUGGGAGUCAACAGUCACCUGGGCGGUACUUCUCAUGGUCACCUAGGGCCAAAGACUGUCCUUGAGGUGAAGAUAGAAGAUGCGAUAGCAGCUGGUGAUAUUCAACAAGCUGUGGAAUUGAGUGACUACAUGUCAGCAAGAGAAUUUGGAGAGAAAGUAACCCAAGCAGUAGAUGCCAGGAAGUUUCUGGAAGAGAAAGAAAAAAAUGAAGAGGCCGCUAGAACAAGGCAACAGAAGAAGCUGUGCUGGGGGUUUGAGGCAAAGAAACGCUGGGAAACAAAAAGCAACAUGUAGAUAGGGAUCUGCGUUAACGGGGAGAAUGAACUGAGUUUUGGCACAAAAGUAAACCUGGAUUUUUACGAAC